AUGGGCAUUCUCACACGUCAACCAGAUUCCUACGUCAAAAAGAAACAGUACACGUUCGACAAGACUCUUGGCGAGGGAAGCUUUGGAGUGGUCAGGAGUGCUAUUUGGAACACCGCAGAGCCGCCGAUUGGGGUUGCUGUCAAGGUCAUCAGCAAGAAGAUUCUCAAAGGUCAUGACGAGAUUGUGCAAGGAGAAAUGGAUGUGCUCAAGGUGAGCUUGGGUGCUGACUUUGCUCAAGCGAUGGCGCUGGCGACGCACUCAGCUGGAGCGCUUUGAGAGUCGAUCGGCAGACUCUCUCGCUGGUCAGCUGCGGCUCAUCGCUCGAGUGGAACACACGAUAAAUUGCUACAAUGCGCGCUAACCACAGGCCCUACUGCUUGUCGCUUAUCUAGGGGCUGGACCACGCGCAUGUAGUCAAGUUUCUAGACUGGUUCGAGUCCAAAGACAAGUACUACUUAGUGUUCGAAGAGGCGACAGGAGGAGAGCUGUUUGAGCGCAUCUUGGCAAAGGGUCGAUUCACAGAGUUGGAUGCUUGCAGGGUCAUCAAAUCCGUGCUGGGAGCAAUCGAAUAUCUUCACAGACAUCAAAUCGUAAGUGGCUUCUACAGGAGCGGAUGGAUGCGCACGCGCAUGUAUGCGGACACUGACCUUCUCUCUUAUCUUUAGGUUCACCGCGAUAUUAAGCCCGAAAAUAUCCUGUACAGAACAAAGGCGGAAGACGCAAACGUCGUGCUGGUUGACUUUGGUAUCGCGCGACAUCUGAAAGGCGAGGACGAAGUGUUGACAAAUGUGUGCGGAUCGUUUGGCUAUGCUGCGCCUGAAAUUUUGGCAAAGAAAGGGCACGGCAAGGUGGUCGACAUGUGGAGUUUGGGUGUCAUUACAUUCACAAUGUGAGUCUCACAGUGUGGUUGAUGCUAAUGUACGAUUGUCAUGAAGACGCUGAUGGAGCUUCACGUGCGCUUAGGCUCUGCGGCUACACACCCUUUAGAUCAGAUGAUCCUGCCAAGUUGGCUGCCGAGACGCAGAGGGGAAAGAUCGAGUUUCGUGAGUGUCCCGUUCUCGCGCAGAUCGAGGACGCCCUCUCUUCCGCCGGCUAAGCGCAUCACGUUCUCUUCUCUGCGCCUGAAGACGACCGAUACUGGAAAAAUGUGUCGCAGGAAGCAAAAGAUUUCAUCAAAGGUUGCUUGACUGUCGACCCUGCAAAGCGACUUACCAGCGAGGAGGGCCUCGCACAUCCUGUGAGUCUUCGACUUUGGCCCCGCAAAUGCACGUAGCAUUUGUUGAUCGUCGAUGCUACUCGCUCGUAUAGUGGUUUGAAAAAUUCCAGGACGCUGCCGAAGCGUCGCACGAUAUCAGUGCGGGCUUGCGAGAGAAUUACAGGAAACGUUGGAAGGUGCGUGGCAGCUCUUUCUCGAGAUGAAAUGAGCAGCAAAUUGACAUCCUCACUUGUUGAACGUGUCGCAGACUGCCAUCAGUGCAGUCCGAGCAUCGACUCGGAUGGCCGCAAUGGGUCGAGCGGCGUCGCAAUCGUCUUUAAAAGAAGGAGACAUAUCUAAUCCCACGUCGAGCGAGCAGCCGGCCAGUGCUAGCGACUCCAUUUCGCCGGAGGAAGCAAAGAGAAGAGCGGAAAUGACGGACAAAGUCGCCCCGUUGACGAAAAAGGAGCUCUAUUCGGACUCGAGCGACGAGCAAUUGGAUGAUGCGAGCGAUGCAAAUGGGUUUGUGGACGCUAGCACUGGAGAGGAGGAGAUCAGGGAUAGCAAGAAGGAGACCGACAAGGAUCCAGGCGGAUUGGCGGGCCUUGUCAAGCGCAUCCUUUGA